AUGCUCAGCCUCGGUCUCGCCAUACUCGCCAGCCAGGCUGCGCAAGUUCUGGCCCAGAACGCAGAGCCUCUCCUGGUGGGAAUAAUUUACCCUGAUACCUCUGGGUUGUCGCAGCCCGUACAGCACAUAUCCCGAGGUGGCGCAACUGCUUGUGUCUCCGGGUUUCUUCAAGUUGAAGCCGGGACCGAUGCCAAUAUGAACUUCGCAUACGAAGCUCCUGUCAAUCAGUCACAGGUCACGCAGACAAUCGUCAGCCUGUGGGACUCGGGCUCACCAUUGAAAGAGCAGAUUAUGAAUGGCACCCUUUCGGUCAAUGGUACUUAUGAUAUCGGUGUCACUCUCUGCUUGCCGCAGGAGAAGCAAGGCAAUCAGACACUUCACCUCCAGGUCCUUACCCACGGCAUUGGUUUCGACCGUAGCUACUGGGACCUUGCGCCGGGGUAUAGCUACGUCGACGUGGCCGCAGCAGCGGGCUAUGCCGUCUUCUUCUACGACCGUCUCGGUGUCGGCGUCUCCUCCAAGGAGGACCCCAUCAAGACGAUCCAAUCGCCAUUGGAGCUCGAGAUUCUCAAUGAGCUGGUCACAAAGCUCCGGGGCGGAGCCCUAGGCGGCAAUCAGCACUUCACAAGCAUCAUUGGCGUCGGCCACUCGUUUGGCAGCGCGUUGACCCAGGGAGUCACGGCCGCCUAUCCACAGUCUUUUGACGCCGCGGUCCUGACCGGCUUCUCGACCAACGCCAGCGGCAUGCCGUCUUUUUCGCUAGCUCAGAUCCCCGAGAUUGCGUCCAUCAACCAGCCUUACCGCUUCGCCGGCCUACCGGCCGGCUAUCUCGUCGUCGGCUCGUCGUCGGCCCUGCAGACCACCUUUUGCCACUUUCCCGGUUUCGACCCGGCCAUACUCUCGCUCGCCGACGCCACAAAGGGCACCGUCACGCUGGGCGAGUAUUUCACCACGGGUGCCAUUGUCCAGCCGGCCGCCGACUUCCACGGGCCCGUGGCCGUCGUGGCUGGCAACGAGGACUUGGGCUUUUGUUUUGGUAACUGCUCUUACCCGACCAAUCUCUUGGCCGAGGUGCCCCUGAAGCUGUAUCCCAGUGUUGCCGCCAAUAACACGGCGACGUAUGCUGCGCCCAUGGCUGGUCAUGGCUUGAAUUUGCAUUAUUCGGCGGCCGGCGCUUUUACCUUUAUUCAGGACUUUCUCAAAAGCCACGGCUUCUGA